GUGAGCUCUCUCCCUGCGGGUCAUUCCCGGGCUCUGGACUCCUUCCUUCAUAUCUUCCUCCUGUGGCUGUCCGUCCUCUUUCCUGUUUUUCUAUUCCCACACCAUCAGCCUGAGCGAUAGCAGCCUGGUCUCCCAUCGCUUCUCCAUCUCUAGUCCCCAUCCUUCACCCCUAUUUUUGAAUGAGCAUCACAGACUCCGGGCCUGGUUUCAAAUCCCAGCUCUGCUACUUACUUCCCCAGCUGUGUGGCCUUGGGGAAGUUCCUUAGCCUCUCUGCAACUCAGGUUCCUCCCAUGUAAAGUAGAGGUGAUAAUAGUACUGCCUCCAAGUGGUUUUGCCAGGGUGAAAUGAAGUGGUGCAUGUCAGGUUCUGAGAACACAGCCUGGCCCACAGGAAGUGCCGUGAAAGUGGUGGGUAUUACCGUUGUUGUUUGUUGUUGUUGCUGUGGACACAGUAGAAUUAAUAGCUGCUGUUUUCCCGAUCCCAGAAGAGAUCCCAGUUCCCCCAGAGGCAGGUUUUCUGCCACGUGCCCCAACCCCAGAGCGCUUUCCGCAGCCAGAAGCGGUGGUCAGGGUGUGAGUUACUUGGUUAGCCGCAGCGGGGUGGGCAUGCAGGGUGGCAAUGCCAGGGUUACGGGCAGGGGGUGCCCAUGCCAAGCGUAGCCAGGAGGUGUCUAGUUGGACCUCCAUUCUACCCCAGUCCUUCUGAAGCAGCGAGGGGAGCCUCAGGGGUGUUGGGGUGGCCGCCGGGCACGUUCCGUGACACUGGUCCGGGCAAGCGGCUGAACAUGACUCAAGUGGAAAUAGUGGGGCCUGUGGGCGGGUCACGCUGCAUGGUCACGGGCUCCCAAGCUGCGAGGGCAGAGUUGGCUCGGGCUGAGAGAACAGCUUUCAGAAGGUUUUUGGCUCAGCUGUGUCCAGGGUGUGAGUGGGGGAGCAGAGAGCCAGGUAAGGGAAAAUGAGGCAAGAGAAGGGUGGGAGUCAGGUGACGGUGCUCAUUAAUGCCAGCCCCUGGGCAAAUGCCAGUCUGUCACAGGAGGCGAGGGGGUCCUGCUUCCAGGAGGUGGAUUCUGAGGCUGACAGGUGACCUCGCAUUGGACACGAUGUUUCUGUUCUGGAACACACAACAAGAUGGAACCUAGUCUUGCUUCAUGACAGACUCGCAUCACUGCUUCGUCGCUCCAGGACGGGAUGUCUCCUCUCAACAUGGCCACCUCCCCUCAGCCACUCACCACCAAGGUCGCCAGUUCCGAGAACAGCAGCGCCUUCUAUGACUACGAGUACUACUUGGACCAAGCGGCCUUCAUGCCCUGCAUGAAGGAUGAGGUGCUGGCCUUUGCCAAAGUCUUCCUGCCUGUCUUCUACAGCCUGGUGUUUGUGCUGGGCCUGAGCGGGAACCUCCUGCUCCUAGUGGUCUUGCUCCGGUACGUGCCUCGCAGGAGGAUGACUGAGGUCUACCUGCUGAAUCUGGCCAUCUCCAACCUCCUGUUUGUGGUGACCCUGCCCUUCUGGAUCACCACCGUGGCCUGGCACUGGGUCUUCGGGAAUUUCUUGUGCAAGAUGGUGAGCGCUCUCUAUACCAUCAACCUCUACAGUGGCAUCUUCUUCAUUAGCUGCAUGAGCCUGGACAAGUACCUGCAGAUCGUCCACGCCCAGCCCCACCACAGGCUGAGGCCCCGGGCCAAGCGCUGGCUCCCGGCUGUCAUCGUGUGGGCGCUGGCCCUGGCUGUCUCCAUCCCUGACAUGGUCUUUGUGCGGAUCCAUGAAAACCACGAGGGUGUGUGGAACUGCCAUGCGGAUUUCGGGGGGCAUGGGACCGUCUGGAAGCUCAUACUCCGCUUCCAGCAGAACAUCCUGGGGUUUAUCCUUCCACUCUUCGCCAUGAUCUUCUUCUACUCCCGCAUCGGCUCCGCCCUGGUCAGGCUGAGGCCCCCGGGCCAGGGCCGGGCUCUAAAGGUAGCCGUCUCCCUCGUGGUGGCCUUCUUUGUGCUGUGGUUCCCGUACAACCUCAUCUUGUUCCUGCACUCACUCAUGGACCUGAGAGUCUUUGGGGACUGCGAGACCAGCAACUACCUGGAUUAUGCGCUGCAGGUCACAGAGAGCAUAGCCUUCCUUCACUGCUGCGUCACACCCAUCCUCUACGCCUUCUCCAUCCGCUGCUUCUGCCAGUACCUAAAGGCUUUCUUGGCCGAGUUGUUUGGACGGCGCCAGGGACCAUGCCCUGCCCAGGCCCCACUGUCCAGCUGUUGUGAGAGUAGCGGCCUCACUGUCCAAGAAGAAAUGACCAGCAUGAAUGACCUUGAGGUGGGGCAGGCUGAGGACUCCCUCAACAAGGGGGCUGUCGGGGGAAAUAAAGCCUCAGCGGCCACGCCACAGUCUGGUGAGAGCGGAGGGGACCCAGCUCAGCUGGACAUCCACCCAGCGUCUUCUCUCCAAGGGCCCCCGUGACCACGCUGCUCAGCCCAGAGCGCAGUUCUCAACCCUCAGCAGCACCGCUCACUCCUUCCAGGACAUCAUACUCCCUGAUCUGCUGCGGUGGUUGCCCAACUGACCUCUGUGUCCUAUGGUCACCGUCUCCUAUCAUCUCAUCUGCACCCGGCAGCCAGAGUGGUUGCAACACCUUCGGCCUUCACUGCCAUCUCCCUCCCAGAAGCCUGCGGCCUCCCACCCACCAGGCCGCUCCUGACCCUCUCGUUCAGCUGGGGAAAUCCUGGUGGUGUUUUGUUUAAUGCGGCAGCCUUGGUGGUGGCCCCGGAGCCUGGCAGUCCGGAGGCCCUGGAGAUGCAGCACCUGGGGACCUGCUUAGGGGGAAAGGCAGGCGCAGGCCUGCCCCCUCCACCUGGGAAGUGUGGCGAGGGCAUUCACGGCAGUUACUACCUAGGAAAACAUCUCUUUUCUUCCCGGGGAGCCUGGAAUUCACCAGGGGCACGACAUUCCCGACUGGCUUUGUUAUAAGCUUUCCUCACAGAAUACACAUAGUGGGCUUUUCUCUGAGAGAGAGAAAAUCUGGUGCAGAAAUGAGAGCUGCUGGGUCAGGACAGGUCUGUCUUC